UUAUAGUGCUGAAAUACCUAAUUUAUGUAUCUGGUGUGACAGAUUUUAAGGCGAAAGCCAUAGCCAUACCAACUGGCAGCGGAGAGCUCCUCCCCUGCUCUCAUACUGGGAAUAUACAUGUGCAUAUAAACACUGCAGAACAGAUUGCUGGAUCAGUUUAUCAAGGCACUUCAUCAGGCAGUCCAGGCAGCUGGAAUACUGGAAUAUUGCAUGCUCACACACACAUACACACACACACGCACAAAGUGCAUAACAUUUGCAUAUCAACUCUUGCAGGAAUUGAAGACUCUGAUUUGAAGGUUGCUCCGGUUUGAACAAAACCUAAGUCAAGAUGGGGAAUGAAGCGUCUUACGAAAUGCAGGACCAUAAAGAGGUCAACGGAAAGCUCCAGAAUGGGGGCUUGAAUGGCCACGCUGUGAGCAUCUCUUUGAAGGAGGAACCCAAUGAAAUGGCUGUACAACAGUUCAAUGUCCUCCCCACUCCUCCUAUCGCAAAGGACACAGCCCCCACGGCAGCAAGCGAGCCAGACGGUUUGAAAGCACCCAGCAGCACCCCCCAGGUUCAGCCAUCUCCAAACAAGCCAGAUCCACCCUCUUCUAAAGCCCCAGAGAACCCAUCAUCUGAACUGGUCAACACGGAGGUGCCCACAGAGGGGCAGAGCAGCACCCAGCCACCUCAUGCCUCAGACCCUGAGGAGGAACCCAAGCCUGCCCCUGAGGCCAAGGUUCCCCUCUUCAACAAGCUUUUCAAGAAGAAAACAGAGGACAAGGUUCUGAAGGAUGUGCCUACAGUGCAGCUUGAAGUCUCUGAAGGGGAGAAGCCUGUUGUGAUGACAGUCACCAUAGAUGGCCUCCAGAGUGCGCCCGGACGCACCAAGGAGAAAGCGGCCACGACCAAGGGUUCGAACGGCCUCAGUGGCACGCCAGUGGGAAGCGAAGCCCCCGGCGCCAACGGUGAGAGCGUUCAGGCAGAGGAGACCAAAGAGGGCAAGAGUAUCGUAGAGGAGAACCCAGUAAUGAACUUCUUCAAAACGUUUACAAAGGGCCCUAAGGAGCCUGAGGGCAAGACCAAGCUGGAGAAAGGGUCCCCAGCGAAGGAAGCAGUCCCAUCUGCAACAGAGCCCAAAGAUCUGGAGCCCAGUCCAAAGGACUCUACAGGCGGGGCCUUCAGCAAACUCUUCCGACAGAAGUCUUUUAAGGAUACCCAGCCAACAACCACAAAUGGCGUACAGGAAGUAGAUGCUGCUACCGCUGCAAAGACUGCGAAGACGGUGCCUCCACCAGAGCCACCCAAAGCUGAAACCAAAGCAGAACCAGCUGCUAAAAACAUCCAGAAAGAGGGGCUCAAAGACGUGCCAAGUGGCCCGGAAACGUCCGCCAAGAAGCCUUCUAAAGGUGGCCGCUUCUCCAAACUUUUUAGUUCUAAACCUGCUGAAAAGGAGCCUGUGGAGGAGAAGCAGCAGGAGGAGGUGAUGGAGGUGGAGGAGGAGGAGGGGCAGACGGCCGCUUCGAAGGCCAGUACCCUAGAGGCCACUCCACCACCAGAGCAGCCCCCGAAACCAAUGGAGAAAAAGAAAUCUAAUCUCAUCUCCAUUUUCAAGACCAAGGUACCGCAACGCCCGCAAACCUCUAAAGUCCAGGCUGUGCCGGCAUCUGGAAACAGUGUAACGGUCAACACCGAAGCACCGGCCCCUGAGGCCACAAAGGAAACCCCCCCUGAGGCUCCACCGCUGCCGGAGGCUGCACCCAGCGCCAAGGCGAAAGAGGAGCCCAAGCCCCCCGCAGAGGCCGAGAAGAAGAAGAGCGGCAAGCAGGAGGCUGCCCCUAAAGCCAAGGCUCCUGAGGUCACCGCCGACAACAAGUUGGUGUCUGAGGCCUUGCCAGGUGGAGAUGAUGUUGUCCCCAGUGUCACCAAGAAGCUUGAGAAGAGGAACUCAAUCCAUUUGUUCUUCAAAAGUUUGGGACCAAAACGACUGUCAGAGGUUGGAGUUCAGACCGAUCCUGUGACCAUUACUUACCCCUCUGAAAAGGCCAAGUAACAUCCCACUGCUCUGUUUUCUAAACCCGUGAAGAAAGGCAGGGCAAAACAAACUUUUGUAUAUGUACAUCUUUUGCGUUCUCAUCUGAUUUUCGGUGCAGAAGGGCGGGUGGUGAGAUUUUACAAUGUGCAGCGGGGGUAAGAGCAAGUGGUCGUCGACUGAAAGCUGACGGACAACUGUCGUGUAUGGAAUGGAGGGAAGGGAGGGGUUGGAUCAUGGGGGGCUUUCUUGUGAAAGAGGGUACUUCACUAUGGACGUCAGUGGUGUUUAUGGUGAAAAGGCAAUAGCUAAUCAAUAGAAAUGAUUGACUCUUCUACUGACUGUUAAUUGACACAGCCUUCAUUUUUUUGUCAUAUAGAGUGACGACAGUUUCAUAGCUAGCCUUCGCUCCUGGAAAUGCUUCAUAUAAAACCUUCUAAACUCAAACUUCUUAUUUAUCUCUAUGUUAAAUGGUCUAAUAUAUUAAGAACAUUAUUAUUACUUUUGUUAUUUUCUUUUGUAAGCAUAUAGUUUGUUGUAGAUUGUGUAGGACAUUAAAAGUAUAUUGACUGUA